AUGACAGAAAAGCUUCCCUCGCUCCUAACGCAGACAUUGACUCCGAGUCAGAAGGCCGUCUUCAGUCCCAACACCACACCUGCCCAUCUACAUCAUGGUCCCAGCAAACCCCAGGCGCCGGUCGAGGAGGAACCAUAUACCAUCAAGUGUAUAUGCGACUUCACUGACGAUGACGGGAAUACAAUAUACUGCGAGAUAUGCGACUCGUGGCAACACAUCGAGUGCUACUAUCCAUAUAACGUCGAGGAGGCUUUGCGAGAGGAUUUCGCUCAUUCCUGUGUCGACUGCAAACCGCGACCGCUUGAUCGUCAGCGUGCCAUGGAGCGGCAGCAAAGGUUACGGCAGAACAGAGUCCAUCCAACCGAGGUACCGGAGAGGAAAACUAAGAGACCCCUCCCCAAGGGCCAGAAGAAGAAGACUACCAAGCCCAACGACCUAGCCUUAAAUGGCCACAGUAGCUCCGACUCCAAUACGAAACAACCGCACGAAUCCGCCCCUGCACAUCAACACAAGAAGUCCAAAAGUUCACACCGGCCGAGCCAAUCCAUCAGCGCACAUAACCCAAAGCAGAGUCCCUCCUACGGCCAAAAGAUGGGCAAUCCCCACGGUCAUCCGCCCAGUCCUGCCAAUACACCUCCAGAUGUUCCCUACGAAAUCGAGAUUCACAAUUACUCCAGUGGCUUUCUCAAUCUUUACAAGGAGGAUCAUAACGUGGCAAUUGUCCAGUCGAAUUCGUUUGCCAAUCUGAUCAUUUCUAACGUCUUGUCUCUCUGGUUGCGGGAUCGUGAUAAGUUGCGACGGGAUGCUGAUUGCGAAUUUGCUGACGUCUUCCAAUCUCUGCCGUCUAAUAUCGAUUCGAUCAAAGCUGUCCCAGAAGUUGAAUUCAAGAAGCUUCAAGUCGGACCAGAGACAGUCGUUCACUACCGACAUCUGACAACACGAAAUGCGAUUGACAAGGACACCCCGUUGAUUGAACUCAACGGUCAGAUCGGCAUCCAGAAGAACUACUGCGAGGACCCCAAUAAUCAUUGGCAGGACGUUAGUUCACCUCUGCCAUUUGUCUUCUUUCACCCCGUACUACCAAUAUAUAUCGACACCCGGAAGGAGGGAUCAUUGGCUCGAUACGUACGGAGGAGCUGUAAGCCCAACGCGGAGUUGGCCACAUUCCUAUCGGACGGCUCUGAAUACCACUUUUGGCUUGUGAGCGACCGUCGGAUAGCACCCCACGAGCAAAUAACAAUCCCUUGGACUUUCAGACUCCAGAAGGAUGUCGGGCCCCAAUGGCACCAACUACUUGGCCUGAGUGACGAGUCUGACGCACAACCGGAAUACAACGACAGGGAAAUCGAGACUUACCAGAGCAUUGCCUCUUGGGUCCACACUAUUCUUUCUGAAUACGGUGGCUGUGGUUGCGAUCUUGGACCCGAGUGUGCAUUUGCUCGCUUCCAUCGAACGUAUAUCGUCAGGUCACACGCCAAGGAAAGGAAUCCCAAGCAGAAGAGGUCCCGCAAACAGAAGGCCAACACCUCACCAACAAGCACUGGCCAUGCGACAAAUAGUCGCGCACCUAGUGAGGGUCAUGCAGAGGAUGGUCUUGAUAAUGACUCUGGGUCCUCUCGAAGUAAACCACCAAGUCGUGAUGAAACUCCCGGUACUGGACGCCAGGGCUCGCUCGAUACACUCGGCAUACUGACACAGCCCACGGACCGAGACAAGCGAAAAGUGCAAAUGGUCGAAGACUCUUUUCGUCGCAUGGAACAGCAGCCGCCAAGAAAGAAGAAGCGCACUUCGGAUGGCACCAACAGCUCCAGCACGACCACAAAAUCGAAGAGCAACGCACCCGACGGUAGCGAAAGACAGAAGCACUCCAGUCACGGUGGUAACCCCACUGGAGUUUCAGAUCGUCGCUAUGUAAACGCUGGCACUACGGCAAGCGUGUCAAUAUCGCCGACUAGCGCGAUCUCUCCAAACCCGGCGAAUCCGUUCAAGAAACAAGGCCCCCCUGAGUUCGUCCCUAUCCCUUCGCGGCACUCGUCUCAAGGUCCUCGCCCCGAGUACUGUGAUGCUGCCGUUCAGACAGACCCAGUAGAUGGAGAGUGGUUCACCAAUUCCAGGCAGUCCCCGAAGCCGAGAAGACGAGUUGUCUCGUUGUCGAAACGCUUACUCGAGAGUCGACAUCGCCUGCGAGCUGAAGAAGAGCAGCGACGGAGGACCUUGACUGCUUCUCCAUCGUCUGUAGCAACGUCUGUAGCAACUGCUCUGGUGAAGAUGGACCUGGACUCCCCUACAACAGACUCUCUCAGCCCCAACGCUGCAACGCCGAAGCCAGGGAUGGAGGCUGCUGAGAUGUUUACAACGGCACAACCGGUGGACGCACCCAUGUCUGAGGGCCCGUCAAUAUCACCUACAGCCAACAAAGUUUCCCCGGUCGCGCUCUUGUCGGUUGCUGGCGGUGCCAAGAUCAAGUCACCCGAACUGCUUGUACAGCUACCUCCUGUUCCAGCCUUCAACAGCUCGACUUCAGCUACCUCAACGACGACGCCGCUCUCGGCAUCUGGAAACCUCGUCCAAUCUCCCUUUUCGGCGAAUAAUCUUCCUAGUCCGUUUGUACCAGGGCCUGUCAGUGGUGCUGCCGUCCAUCCUAGUCCGGUGAAGAAGAAGUUGAGUCUGAGCGACUACACCAGGAGCAGGAUGAACAAAGCAGCAGCCGCAAAGCCAGCAACGUCGCUGAAGCCGCCAGUUGCCAUCAUGGAAGAGGCCAAAUCCCCAACGAAUCCCGAUGCCAUGAUCCUCGACUCUCCUGUUGUUGACAAGACCCCCGAGUCUUGA